AUGGGAAAAAGACAAGCGAGUUUAUUGGGUGAUGUGAAAUUUUUGAGAUUAAAAAUGAGAUGAGGAAGAAAAAUAAUUAGAGAUCAUAAGAGUUUUAUUAAAAUGAAUAACAUUUUCCAAUCUAAUGGAAUUUUAGGGCUGUAUUCCAAAGAAUUAAGUGAUGUGAAAGAAUUGCCAAUCGGUAACAGUCAAGAUAUUAAUGAAAAACACAAAAUUUUUAAAGAGAAAGUUGAGAGUUUUUAUAAGACCAGAAAAGAAAACGAAGAUGAGUCUAUUUCAAUCCAGCUUGAAACGAACUAUGAUGAAGAACACAAAAAGCUGCUCGAAUCCAGUGAAAAACUCAAAAACUUUUGCGAAGAAAUUGAAUCAGAGCUAAAUACAAACAAAGAGCUUAUUUCCGAUUUAGAAGAAACUUCAGAAUCGAACAACUACCUCGCCCAGAAAUUGAGACAAAAAGCAAAAGAGUUAAUAAAUAAAGCAACCUAUCCCUGCUUGACAGCUAUUAUUGUGAUUUUGCUUAUAAUGAUUCUUAUAGAGCUUUGUUAUUAA